AUGGCGCCAACUUCUGCCGCAGCACGCAGCAGGGAGACGACGCUCCUCGAUUCUGAUGAAAUUGUUUCAUCUCUACAUAUUUUAACACUGAAUUGUUGGGGACUGAAGUAUUUAGCGAAAUACCGCAUCGAACGACUGGCUGAAAUUGGCAGGCGGUUGUCACUUCAUCAACCAGCCUUGGACAUUGUGGGUCUUCAGGAAUGCUGGACCUACAGUGACUAUCAGUCUAUCCGACAGAGCACGAAGAGAGUUUUACCAUAUGGAAAGUUCUACCACUCUGGCAUCUUUGGUGGUGGAUUGGUCAUAUUGAGCCGCUUUCCUAUUGUUGAAUCGUCGAUGUUUCGUUACCCUCUGAAUGGCCGACCGACAGCGUUCUUCCGUGGCGACUGGUUUGUGGGAAAGGGUGUAGCUUGUGCGAAGUUGCGACUUCCCGACGGACAGAUUGCGGAAGUGUUCAACACCCAUCUACAUGCUCCUUAUGAAAGAGAACCAAAUGACAGCUACAUCUGUCAUAGGACAGCACAAGCCUGGGACAUCGCGAAAUUGAUGAAGGAUGCUAGACUUCGGGGCCAUCUUGUGAUAGGGCUUGGUGAUUUUAAUAUGGUUCCUAUGAGUUUCGCGCAUGUUCUCAUCGAGAGUCGCGGGUCGGUGCGUGAUGUUUGGCGAGACGCCAAACCUGCUAGCAGUAUCGGAGCCAGCAUCGAUGUCGCCGAAGCAGAUCGACGAAAACGGCUGCAGCUUGCACCAACACCAGAUGUACAGGAGAGCCUCAAUGAACACGGACAUACCUGCGAUAGCAUUGUCAAUACCUGGCGUUGGAACGAGGCUCAUAGAAAGGCUUUGGAGAAAGGUCAUGACCGGGAGAUCUUACCCGCAGAGCUCGACCCUCGUGCCAAGCGACUCGAUUACAUCUUCUUUGGAGGGUUCGAGGAAGGUUGGAAAGUCGACCAAGUACAAGUCGCUCUGACCGAAAGACAUCCCACAAUACGUUGCUCGCUUAGUGAUCACUUCGCAGUUGAGGCAACACUUUCGCAAGGCUCACCUUCUACGAGCUCGUUUCUAGAGGUGGAAGCACAAGGCCCAUUACAACGGCCAAGGUCCGGUAGUGCGACGGAAGACAUCGUUAGUAUGAGAGACGCAGACCUUGCAAAGCUGAUAUCACAUCAACCCACCACAAGUGUAAUCACACCGUCCUUCUAUGAGCAGAUCCUGGCCAUGAUAAACAAAUACACAUUGCGAGAGCGAAAACAACGACGAUGGAGACUAGGGCACUUCAUAGGAUCUGCUCUGUUCUCAAUCGGCAGCUUUGUCGCAAUAUGGUGGUCCAAAUACAACUACGUUGCAUUUGUCCUACUUUUGAUUAGCACGCUCGGUAUCUUGGGAGGCACAUUGGAUGGCCUUAUCGGAGGUUUGUUCGUCGGAUCCGAGUUACGAGCACUGAACGAAUUCGAAUGGGAAGUGCGAAAUGCGCUUUAUCUCGAAGGCGGACCUAUGCCUGAAGAGAAACCUCUCCAGGAUUGGUAUGACUGA